GUUCCCCGACGGGCAGCGGGGCGCUGGGCCGCCGCGUUUGGGUUGAGCGCGGCGACGCUGCUGCCCCGAAAUCCUCCCCGAUCUUGAGGCGUAUGGAACUUCAAGGUCUUUGUGAUAAUGGAAACCAAAAAAUUGAUUGGUAAACCGCUUCAACCAGCAAGACCUGUUCGUCAUCUGACUUCUCCCCCUGGAGCAGUAUUCCCUUUCAACUUUCAAAACGAAUAUCCGUGCAAAACUCAGUGCUUACAAAGCGGAGUUAGCAGAUGUAAGACGAAUGGAAUGCAAGCCUUUUCUCAAGGUCAUAAUGAACCACAGCAACAUCAGUCUCCAGUUAAAAAAGAGAGAAUUAAAUACAGCAGAGAUUUCCUGUUGAAGCUCUCAAGUGUUUCCAUCUGCAGAAAAAAACCAGACUUUCUGCCUGAUCAUCCCAUUGUACUUCAAAAACCAGAAAACCACCCAAGUUUUAAGUAGCAUUUUGAGAACAGAUGAAUUUGAACAUAAAGAAUUACUCGUUUUAUAUUUUGGACACCUGCAAAUGAAGUGGACCUAGUAACAAUAACUGUAAUGGACUGUGACAGUUCAGCUUAUUUUUAAAUUUUGAUGGUUGGGUAUUUGGUUUCUCCCUAAAAUGAGAAAGAUAUUUUAAACUAUAAAGAAUUUUCUAAUCAGUUUCAACUUUGCAGGCAGUUUCCUGCAUAAAUUGGGAAGUAACACUGGAAAGUAGGAAUUCGGUUAGUAAAGUGGGAAGACUGUAUUUAUAAUUUGCAUGCUACUUGCAAUUUUCUUUGUUUUUCAUCUCUUGUAAUAAUGGAAUGGAAAUGUAAGCUGUAAAGAUUCCCAAAUAUAAAGUAUUUGCUAUGAUGUA